UUAAAGACAAAUUAUUAUAUUAAAAGCUUAAAACCGCUACCAAUGACAACGAUGCCACCAGAGAUGUCCACUGCUGCCUCCCCCACAGUAGCUUUAGCCACACCAAAUGCUAUGCAACGUGAUUCUCUGUCAUCACUGCAAUCUUCACGUUCGCGUUUUAUGAUCACCGAUAUUUUGGCAGGUAGCGCUGCGGCAGCAGCUGCAGUUUUACAAAAUGGUGCACGCAGUCCAACAGCAAAUCACAAUGCCACACAUCCACAACACACCGCACAACAUCAGCAUCAACAACACCAACAUCAGCAUCAACAUCAACAUCAUGUAGCAUUGCAACAUUAUAUAGCACAACAACAGCAUUUGUUGCAACAACAUCAUCAACAACAACAACAGCAGCAGCAGCAACAACAACAACAACAACAUUUUCAAGGUUCACCAACGGCAAUAUCAAUGCAUCAUCAUCAUCAACAUCAACAACAUCAACAACAGCAUCAAACGCAUCAACAGCAACAGCAACAAGCACAGCAUCAAUCAGCACAACAUCCGCUUACGCAUUUGCCACCAACGGCUUUACUUGGUUUUCCGCCAGGCGCUGCUGCCAAUGGAUUACAUGCUGCGCAAGCGGCUGCACAUUAUGCUGCCUUACAACAGGAGCGCCUACGUGAUUUGGAUACCUCAGUUUCGAGUGCAGGGCUCGAUCAUGACGAACGUUCACGUUCACCGCAUCCAAUCGGUGGCAGUGGCGGCAUACGCGAUCUCAGCGGCAAUGCACUCAACACGACGGGCGGUAGCAGUAUUAGCGGCGAUCAGGCUAGCACCAUUGACGACAGCGACAGUGACACUUGUGGUGCCAAAGACGAUGAUGGCAACAGCAUUAAAAGUGACAAUCUAAUGGGUUUAAGUAAGAAGCAGCGCAAAGCACGCACCGCAUUUACCGAUCAUCAAUUGCAAACAUUGGAAAAAUCAUUCGAACGUCAGAAAUACUUAAGCGUACAGGAUCGUAUGGAAUUAGCAAAUAAAUUGGAGCUGAGCGAUUGUCAAGUGAAGACCUGGUAUCAGAAUCGCAGAACAAAAUGGAAGCGUCAGACAGCAGUUGGUUUAGAAUUGCUGGCAGAGGCAGGAAAUUAUGCAGCUUUUCAACGUUUGUAUGGUGGUUCGCCCUAUCUAAGUGCUUGGCCAUAUGCAGCACAAUCCCCGCAUGGUGCUCCACCAUCUGCAAUAGACUUGUACUAUAGACAAGCGGCUGCUGCAGCAGCACUACAGAAACCAUUAUCAUAUCGUAUGUACCCGAGUGUACCAGUGGCGGGUCUACCUGGCAUGCCUAUUGCACCAACUCCUAUCUCACAUUUAAGUGCUUCGAAUUCGUUAUCGUCACUUAGCAGCUAUUAUCAAUCAAAUCCCACAAUUAAUAAUAACACCCUACCACCAACACAUGUACCGCAUAGUCCGGUACAAAGUGAUAUUAGCGAUAAGCAAAGAAAUAGCGCUGAAUUACGACGUUCGCCCAGUCCACAAUUAAAUCCUGGCAGUCCACCAGAAAGAACUGAUAAUAAUAGCAGUUGCCCACCACCGAGUGAUGAGGAUGUUGAGGAGGAUGAUGGUGCUAUUGAAGUCUGAAAUGUACACCAAAGAUGCAGCUCAAAUAUGCGCUGCCUACCGGCGGUGUAUAUCAAUGGAGCGCAACAACUAUUUCAGUGCGGUGAGCGUUACGAUGCGUGGUUUCUUCGCACUGGUAAAAGUAAAUGCUUCGGGUGAAAAGUCAAAGUGCCUUGUUAGACAAAUGGUAUUAAACUCCAAAGAACUUCCAAAACUAUCUGAUACUCUCUCAUUUAUGAAUCAUGCUUUGGAUCAGUUUUAUAGUUGGAAAUAAAAUUUGAUGUUGAUUGGUUGCUUCAAAGAAGAAUUUUCUGUACAUAAGAAACUAAUUUAAAAUUAGUAUUUAUU